AUCUCUAAUCUAGUGCCCUAACCCCUAAUUGGACUGCCUAGUGGAAGAAAUAGUUGCCAAUUCUCUUACCCUGCCCUCAUGAUAUCAACUAUAAAUAUGGGAUUUCAUUUGUGAAUUUCCCAUCUGAAAAUCUUCUCCUCCUUCAUUAUCUUCAGAAACUAACCUCUCUUAGAUUGUUAACUUGUCUAAAGAAAUGGGUUUUGCACCUAAAAGCUAUUGCUCUCUUCUUUAUGUCCUGGUGCUUUUGCCAGCACUUUGUUACUCCCAGGACACUUUUGUGUCCUCUAGAGCAACCUAUUAUGGCAGCCCUGAUUGCUUGGGGACUCCAACUGGAGCUUGCGGGUUUGGUGACUAUGGAAGAACCGUCAACGAUGGUUCUGUGAGUGGAGUCUCUAGGCUGUACAGGAAUGGAACUGGCUGUGGUGGAUGCUAUCAGGUUAGGUGCAAGAUACCACAAAUUUGCACCGAAGAUGGAGCGAGGGUGGUGGUGACAGACUACGGUGAAGGGGACAAGACAGACUUCAUUCUAAGCACCCGUGCCUAUGCAAGGCUGGCUCGUCCCAAUGUAGCCUCGGAGUUGUUUGCUUAUGGUGUGGUUGACAUAGAAUACCGGAGAAUUUCUUGCCAAUACCCAGGUUACAACCUCAUGGUCAAGGUCCAUGAGAACAGCAGGUUUCCUGAUUACCUAGCCAUUAUCAUCUUGUACCAAGCUGGCCAAAAUGACAUCACUGCGGUUGAAGUGUGGCAGGUGGAUUGUCAGCAAUGGAGGGGCUUGAGAAAUGCCUAUGGUGCAGUGUGGGACAUGUCUAGCCCACCAACAGGUGCACUUAACUUCAGAGUCCAAGUGACCGGCAGGUCAGGGCUGAAGUGGGUGCAGCUGAGUAACGUACUUCCUAGUGAAUGGAAGGCUGGGGCCGCUUAUGAAACAACAAUUCAGCUUACUUGAGCCCUAUAAAAUCCCAAUCCCAAUCCCUAUUGCUACAUAUAUAUCUAAAUAUAUGUUGAGUAGGAGAUGCUAAGUAAUUAUUAUCUAGGAGUUUAAUCCCCUUAGGGCCUUGUUUUUCGUUUUCUUUGCAUCAUCUUAAUGCUUUUCUGAUAAUAUUUGCUUAUUUAUCACCCAAAAAAAAAAAAAAAAAUUAUAUAGGAGUUUAAUAAAGUCAUCAAAGUUAUGUUUGAGUUAGAGCUAGUGCUCUUUACCAUUUUCAAUAAAGAAGUGUAUUUGUGUAC